AUGUUUGAAAACCUCUGCACCCUCCCCCUCUCCGCCGAGGUCUUCACCCAAGUCCUCCACCCAACCGAGCCGCUACUGACCGUUGGCUUGUCCACCGGCCACGUCGAAACCUUCCGUUUGCCAUCCUCAGGCGACAACGAGUCCGAUGCUUCUGAUGAUCCCGAUACGAGCAUAGCAUCAAGUGGCCGGGGGGCUAUCGACAGCGUCUGGCGCACGAGGCGCCACAAGGGAAGCUGCAGAGCCCUGGCCUACAGCCACGACGGUUCUGCCCUCUACUCUGCUGGCACCGAUGGCUUGAUCAAGCACUUCUCCCCGACGACUGGCAAGGUCAUCUCCAAGGUCGCCAUCCCCUCCUCGAACAAGCAGGUCGAUGCCCCGACCCUCAUGCAUGUUCUGAGCCCCCAAAGCCUCCUGCUCGGCUGCGAUUCCGGAGCCAUGCACAUCUUUGACCUGCGAGACGGUGUCCCCUCGGCCAAGCCUGCGCAGACACACUUCCCUCACUCCGACUACGUCUCCGCCAUCGUCCCGCUUCCUCCUUCCGCCGAGAGCACCUCUGGCUUCUCGAAACAAUGGGUUUCUAUUGGAGGCACCACACUCGCCGUGACCGAUGUGCGCAGAGGCGUCCUCGUCCGCUCCGACGACCAAGAAGACGAAUUGCUAUCCGCCGCCUAUGUCCCCGGCCUCGGCCCCAAGAACAACAGGAACAACGGCAUCGUCGCUGUUGGUUCCGGCUCCGGAGUCGUCACGGUCUGGGAUAAGGGCGCGUGGGAUGACCAGCAGGAGCGCAUCAUUGUCGACGGUGGGAAGAGUGGUGGCGAGAGUCUAGACGCCAUUGCAUUGGUCCCUGAAGAGCUUGGGCUGGGAAAGAAGCUGGUCGUCGGCCUCGGGGACGGCAGCCUCAGGGUAGUUGAUUUGGUCUCCAGGGAAGUCGACAAGUCCUUGAAUCUGCGACACGAUGAUGUUGAAGGCGUCAUCUCUGUUGCUUUCGACUCCCAGAACCGCUUGAUAACGGCUGGCGGCAAGACGGUGAAGGUAUGGGAGGAGUUGUCGGAGCUUCAGGGCGAUGCAGAAGGCAGUGACGACGACAGCGACAGCGACAGCGGUAGCGGCGAUGAGCCCUCUGGCAAGCAUCGGGCAGACAGUGACAGCGACGAUGAUAGUGAUAGUGACGACGAUUCAAAGCGUCGAAACAAGCGCCAGAACACGGGAGCCGACAAGCUUGGCCCCAUGGGCGCGCACGGCAUCCUAGGCUUUGAUGGUUUGGACUAG